AUGAAUUGUGAAAUAGAAUCAAUGAAAGAAAAUAGAAAAAAUCAUGUUGAUACUCUUCCACCAAGGGGACGAGUAAAUGAAGUUAGACGAGAAUGGCUUGUACACGAAGAUGGGGCGUUGGCUUAUCGUUUGCAAAAUGAAGAAAUAAAACAACAUUUGAUUGGUAACAAAUCAAGAAAUAUUCAAAUAAGAGAAGAUUUUCCAACAGCAAAAAAUGAACAACUCAGAGAAGUCGAAGAAGCUGCAAGAUUGCAUCAGCAAUUAUUAUUUCAACAAGAACAACAAGAUGCAAAGGUUGCUGCUCAAUUGGCAUAUCAUAUCGAACAAGAAGAAGAAGAAAAAAAAAGAAUGUUAGAAGAGGAAGAUAAAGAAUUAGCGAAAUUGUUACAGGAAGAAGAAAAGUGUAAAAUGUCGAAAAAAGAAAAAACAGUUCGAGAAUUAGAAACUCAUACGCCUAGAAAAGAUAAACAAUAUUAUUCAAUGAAUCAAAAACAACCUUUAAAUCACAUGGAUAUUAGUCAGCCUUCAACUCAUGAUUCCGUUUAUUACAGUGAUAAUUUAAGCGAUAUCAAUAAUGUCGGAUUACCUCUGCAAGAUGAUAUAAUAGAACCAUUAAGGCAAUGUCAUUUAAAUGGUAGAUCAAGUUACAGGCUUAGCACUGGUUCUCCGCCAUUAAUAUCCGAAGAAGACAUAAAGAGAAUACAAGAAGAAAAAGAUGCGGAAUACGCGAGGUACUUACAAGAAAAAGAAGAUUUAGAAAAUAAAGACACGGUCAAUAGAGAUCGAUUGUUGGCUAUUGAAACUCAAGACAAAGAAUUAGCGAGGUUAUUACAGGAAAAAGAAAGGGCGAAAGCGAGGAGAGCGAGAGAAAGAGCCAAACAGAAAGCGUCGUUGAAAAGAAUGAAAGAAGAAGAAGAAGAAAAAGAAAUUUCGAAAGAAAUCAUCGGACGCGAUACGGAUAAUUUAACGAUCAAAAUUGCCGAAACUGUUCCGGUCAAUUGUCAAAGAAAGUUGAAUAAUAAUGAUAAUAAUGGUGAUGAUGGUGAUGAUGAUGAUGAGCACAAAGAACGACGACAAUCCGUACCUACGAAUUUAGUUAAUAAAAAAUUAAUUAAACCCAGGUAUCCCGAUCCGGAAGAAAUAGUAGUAAUACACAGGGAUCCCGAUCAGAGUUCGAUAUCAUCGGCGAACAUCGCCAUGACCAUCGAUCCGACGUAUACCCGUGAAAAUUUAGAAAGGAAUCCGAGAUUGAAGAAAAUUUCAAGCAAAUCUCAAAAAAAUCCAACGAUGGAUGAUAAUUCAUUGUCGGAUUUCAAUCAAGAAGGCAAGUAUCCACGAACGCAAAUUGUUUUCGGUUUUCAAAACGUGCAUCCGAACAUAACAUUUUUGUCUUAUUUCAUUUCCAAAAGAUUUUACCGUUGA